GAAAUGAUAUCGAAUGCCGAAACCGAUAGAAAGAAUCCGGCUCCAAGAAACUAUUUCUUCCGUCUUUUGAAGAUGAAUGCUCCCGAGUGGCCUUACUCGAUAAUGGGCGCUGUUGGGUCCGUUUUAUCCGGAUUCAUCGGUCCGACUUUCGCGAUUGUGAUGAGUAAUAUGAUUGAGGUUUUCUACUUUAACAAUCCUGCUCAAAUGGAGAGAAAGACGAAAGAAUAUGUUUUUAUUUAUGUUGGAGCUGGUUUAUAUGCUGUUGUUGCGUACUUAAUCCAGCAUUACUUCUUUAGUAUCAUGGGAGAAAACCUUACUACAAGAGUAAGGAGAAUGAUGCUUUCAGCUAUCAUGAGGAAUGAAGUUGGAUGGUUUGAUGAAGAGGAACACAACUCAAGUCUAGUUGCAGCCAAGUUAGCAACAGAUGCUGCUGAUGUAAAAUCAGCCAUUGCUGAGAGGAUAUCUGUUUUACUACAAAACAUGACAUCUCUGCUGACGUCAUUUGUGGUUGCAUUUAUUGUGGAAUGGAGGGUUUCACUACUCAUUCUUGCCACUUUUCCUCUUCUUGUUCUGGCCCAUUUUGCACAGCAACUUUCUCUCAAAGGAUUUGCUGGAGACACAGCAAAAGCGCAUGCGAAAACUAGCAUGAUUGCGGGUGAAGGAGUAAGCAACAUUCGGACCGUCGCAGCAUUCAACGCCCAAGAUAAGAUCCUUUCGUUAUUCUCCGCUGAACUACGUGUCCCACAAAAACAAAGCCUUCGUCGUAGUCAGUUUUCGGGCAUGAUAUUUGGUAUUUCUCAACUCGCUCUAUAUGCAUCCGAAGCUCUAAUCCUAUGGUAUGGCGCACACCUUGUUACCAAAGGCCUGUCAACCUUUUCGAAAGUAAUCAAAGUAUUUAUCGUCCUAGUGAUCACCGCGAACUCAGUAGCCGAAACGGUUAGCCUUGCUCCCGAGAUCAUCAGAGGCGGUGAAGCAAUUGGGUCAGUAUUCUCAAUUCUCGAUAGAUCAACACGAAUCGACCCGGAUGACCCAGAUGCUGACCCGGUUGAAACAAUUCGGGGUGAGAUCGAGCUGCGUCAUGUGGACUUCUCAUACCCGUCGAGACCCGAUGUAAUCGUUUUCAAGGACUUUAGUCUUAGAAUACGGGCUGGCCAUAGCCAGGCUCUGGUUGGAGCCAGUGGUUCAGGGAAAAGCUCGGUAAUCGCAUUGAUCGAACGGUUCUAUGACCCGACCGCAGGAAAAGUUAUGAUUGAUGGAAAAGAUAUUAGACGGUUAAAUCUAAAGUCUCUUCGGUUAAAAAUCGGUCUAGUCCAACAAGAACCAGCACUAUUUGCUACAACCAUUAUGGAAAACAUCGCGUAUGGGAAAGAUGGGGCUACAGAGGCGGAAGUGAUUGCGGCUGCAACCGCAGCAAACGUGCACACAUUCAUUAGCGGUUUGCCAGAAGGAUACAAAACUCCGGUCGGGGAGAGAGGAGUUCAGCUUUCGGGUGGACAAAAACAAAGAAUCGCGAUAGCCCGAGCUGUUUUAAAAAACCCAACGAUUUUGUUACUAGACGAAGCGACUAGUGCACUAGAUGCAGAAUCAGAGUGUGUGCUUCAAGAAGCACUCGAAAGGCUAAUGAGGGGUCGAACAACAGUGUUGGUGGCACACCGGUUAUCAACUAUCCGAGGAGUUGAUAGCAUUGGUGUGGUACAAGAUGGUCGAAUUGUGGAACAAGGUAGCCAUGGUGAGCUUAUAAGUCGACCAGAAGGUGCUUACUCUAGGCUCUUGCAACUACAACACCAUCGCAUAUGAUAUGAUGAUGAUAAACAUGUUUGUUUUUACAUAGUAUAUUGGUCUUCAAUCGUUAGCUAUGAUAUGUUUGGUCGAUUGGUUCCAUCAUAACUACCAUCCCCGACAUCUUGUAACUGAAUGUUUGUAAUGUUAUAUAUAAAUAUUUAAACAAAUGAUUUCUGGAA